CCGUCCGUCCGUUGGCGCGCCACAGCUCCCGCCCAGGCCCGCGGCCGCGGCCCCUAGCCUCCCCGCACCCCCGGAGCUGCCCGGCGGAGCCGGCUUUGAGGCGGCAGCCAUGUCCAUGGGCCUGGAGAUCACCGGCACCACGCUGGCCGUGCUGGGCUGGCUGGGCACCAUCGUGUGCUGCGCGCUGCCCAUGUGGCGCGUGUCGGCCUUUAUUGGCAGCAGCAUCAUCACAGCGCAGAUCACCUGGGAGGGCCUGUGGAUGAACUGCGUGGUGCAGAGCACCGGCCAGAUGCAGUGCAAGGUGUACGACUCGCUGCUGGCGCUGCCGCAGGACCUGCAGGCGGCCCGCGCCCUCAUCGUCGUGGCCAUCCUGCUGGCCGCCUUCGGGCUCCUUGUGGCGAUCGUGGGCGCCCAGUGCACCAACUGCGUGCAGGACGACUCGUCCAAGGCUAAGAUCACCAUCGUGGCGGGCGUGCUGUUCCUGCUGGCCGCCCUCCUCACCCUCGUGCCGGUGUCCUGGUCGGCCAACACCAUCAUCCAGGACUUCUACAACUCCCUGGUGCCCGAGUCGCAGAAGCGGGAGAUGGGCGCCGCCCUCUACGUGGGCUGGGCGGCCUGCGCGCUGCAGCUGCUGGGGGGCGCGCUGCUCUGCUGCUCGUGCCCGCCGCGCGAGAAGAAGUACGCGCCCACCAAGAUCCUCUACUCGGCGCCGCGCUCCGCCGGCCCAGGCACUGGCACCGGCACGGGCACAGCCUACGACCGCAAGGACUACGUCUGAGGGGGCAGACGAAGGGAGACCCCAACUCCACCACCAGCUGGAGCGCCCAUCCGUCCAGCGUGCAGCCUUGCAUAGGAGACCAGCCCACCCCCAGAUGCCAGGAAGCCCCCUCGCUGGGCUUGGAGGGGCCGGCUCGACGCCCCCUUCCCCAGCUGCCACCCCUCCGCCGGCCAGGGAGCCGACUGCGGGGCUCAGGGACCAACCCGCAUACACAGCGAAACCUCGUCCCUCUGGAGCGCGUUGCUGGGGUGGCCACUGCUA